UUUCGAAACAACAUCAAAAACUGAAAGGCAGACCUCAUCAGCGAACGUUUAUUUCAGCAUCAUACAACACGCAUUCAUUCUUUGCAUUCUUCAUAUAUUGAACAUACACGCAUACGCAUACAUACAAAAACUCAAUCAACAAUGUCCAAAUCGGUUGUCGAAUUCGAAAACCUCCUCUCCACAUCCUUCUCGGACUCGAACAAGUCUGUUCGCACUGGUGUCCAGCCUCGAUGGGAGCGCCGUCGCCAACAGCAAGCAAGUUAUCUGGACAAGGAUCGUCGCCCGCCUCUUUCAAAUCACAAUGGAGAUCGUUUCAUCCCCAAUCGAGGCGGUACAAACUCGGAGUUGUCGAAGCACAUUCUCCGGUCUGAUGGGACUGGUUCUUCCUUUGACAGCCAAGACGGCGACAGCAAUGGUAGUUCCGUCAAUGACUCCAAGAAAGACACUUACUGCAACAAUCUGAGCUCUUCCUUGUUGGGCGUUGAUGAUAUGACCAAGCAAUCUCGAGUAUUGAGUUUCGCCGAGAAAGCACCUGCUCCAAAAGGCGACACCGUCAACAACCUUAGUGUUCUCUACUCCGCGUCUGCAAGUGCUACCCAGAAGAAGGCCAGUACCAAACUCGUCAACCGAUCCAUCCCAUCGGCGCCUUCUCGCAUUCUCGAUGCACCUGGAAUGAUGGACGAUUAUUAUCUCAACCUCUUGUCGUGGAGCGACACCAAUGUUCUGGCAGUUGCCCUUACUGAUACUGUCUAUCUCUGGAAUGCUUCCAGUGGUGAUAUCCAAGAGCUGUGCACCAUCGAAGGCGGUGGUCAGGAUGCUCACAUCUCCUCUGUGCAGUGGGUUCAACAGGGUGGAGCUCACUUGGCCGUUGGUACAUCCACCGGAAUGACUCAGCUAUGGGAUGUCAACGAGUGCAAGCAACUUCGAAGCAUGGAUGGCCACAGCGAUCGAGUCGGAGCCCUCAAUUGGAACCAACACAUCCUCUCCUCUGGAGGCCGCGACUCUCGCAUUAUCAACCACGACGUUCGACUCUCCCGACACAAUGUGGCAACUCUCUCGGCCCAUUCGCAAGAGGUUUGCUCCCUCAAAUGGUCACUCGACGGGACCACGCUUGCGUCUGGUGCAAACGACAACAUGCUCUGUUUGUGGGAUGCAAGCGCGACGAACUCAUCUCGCCCUCGUUUCAAGUUUACCGACCAUCAUGCCGCCGUGAAAGCUCUCGCCUGGUCCCCUCAUGAACGCAACCUUCUCGCAUCUGGCGGUGGAACAGCCGAUCGAUCCAUCAAGUUCUGGAAUACUCAAACCGGGGCCCUCCUCAACACCAUCGAUACUGGAUCUCAGGUCUGCUCCUUGCAAUGGAAUCCAUUCGAGAAGGAGAUCCUUUCGUCGCAUGGUUUUGCGCGCAAUCAGCUCUCUCUGUGGAAAUACCCAUCCAUGACCAAGAUCAAGGAGCUUGAGGGUCACACUUCCCGUGUCCUGCACACCGCUGUCAGUCCCGACGGGAGCACUGUAGUUUCCGCCGCCAGUGACGAAACAUUGCGAUUCUGGGGCGGAUUGUUUGCAGCUCCUACCAAGUCGAAGAAUCAACGUGAAGGUGCAUCUUUUGCGACAUCGUCCAAGCUGAGUGGAAUCAUGCAAAUCCGAUAAAUCAUAGAUGAUAGAUCAGCAGAGAAGAAUUUGGGCACGACAUUCCGUGGUCCACGCCAAUCACAGAAAAGAGACUGACAGUACUAAGUCUACUAAGUCUAACAAACACACACAACAAUCAUGGUAAUGCAGCGAUGGAUGAAGUUUUGCAGGGCAUUUAUUUCGUUCAGAUCUCGGGCGGCAUCAUAAGCACAAAGUAGCCGUAGAGCCUCACGUAACUAACAACUAGCUAAUUCAAGUUCUUGGUGGCGAUAGAAGUAUAAACAUGAUAUCGACACCAUCCAUCCUUUUAUUAACCACCAGUCACUCGUUGCCA